AUGCAGUAUCUAUUGCAGGCCAUGGAACCCAAAUCGAAAGCAGAACGCCUAGUCCUUAGCUUCCCGGCAACGGCAGCUAAUUAUCCUAAAGCCAUCGAACAACUAAGAGAGCGCUUUGGACGCGAAGAUUUACUUGUGCAAAUCUAUGUGAGAGACUUGUUAAGCCUAGUGAUGAAGAACGCUGUAACCGGAAGAGCAAAAACGGAUCUACCCUCCCUGUAUGAUGAACUAGAAGGAAAAUUGCGAGCGUUGGAAAGUUUGGGGAGAACCCAAGAAAAAUAUGGGGAUUUUUUGACCCCCUUAGUGGAAAGUUGCUUACCAGAAGAAGUACUGAUGGCAUGGGAAAGAAGCAGAAAUCACGACUCCAUUGAAACUAAAGGGAACUCGAUCCUUGCAAAUAUUUAA